GUUGAACUAAUUGCAUUGCUCGCCAUAUCCUGCACCUUCUUUCUCUUUAUGCACACAAACAAACUAAAUAGUCGCCUUAAAGAAAUGGAAGUUAAACUACAACCAUCCGAGUUUUCAGCUCUUGGCUUGACUGGUGAUAAUCACGUCAGUGGCCGAGAUGGCGCAAAACAUAAUGAUAUUAAUACACUACAUGGCACAUAUCAAUAUCUUAAAAGUACUGGACAGAUGCAAUCAUUAAAUGUAAAUGAUUUGAAUAACACGCGAAAAUCUCAAUUAGAUUUAAUAUUUUUCAAUCGGGUACCUAAAGUUGGUAGCCAGACUUUUAUGGAAUUGCUGCGACGCUUGUCGGAACGUAAUAAUUUUCAGUUUCAUCGUGACGCUGUGCAAAAGGUGGAAACAAUACGUUUGGCAGAAGAUCAACAGCAGGAGUUAGCUGAAGUCAUAAGUGAAUUACCCGAACCAUCAGUAUUCAUAAAACAUGUCUGUUAUACAAAUUUUACAAAAUUUAAUCUUCCCACCCCCAUUUACAUAAACGUUGUGAGAGAUCCAAUUGAACGAGUAAUCAGUUGGUUUUAUUAUGUGCGUGCUCCUUGGUACUUUGUUGAAAGAAAAGCGGCUUUUCCAGAUUUGCCACUACCCCAUCCAGCUUGGUUAAAGAAAGAUUUCGAAACAUGUGUUUUGUCAGGCGAUCAAGAAUGUACUUAUACACAAGGCGUUACAGUGGAGGGUAUCGGUGAUCAUCGGCGGCAAAGUUUAUUUUUUUGCGGACAUGCGUAUGAAUGCACACCUUUUAACACUGUGGGUGCACUAGAACGUGCUAAAUUUGCCGUAGAGAGUCAAUAUGCCGUUGUUGGUGUGUUAGAAGAUUUAAAUACUACGUUAUCAGUAUUAGAGGAAUAUGUUCCAAGAUUUUUUGAAGGUGUACGUGAAAUUUACGACAGUAGUGCAGAAUAUUUGACAAAAAUCAAUAAAAAUAAUUUCAAACCUCCAGUUAGCGAAAAAGUAAAAGAUAUUGUGAGACGCAAUUUUACAAAUGAAAUUGAAUUUUAUCAAUUUUGCCGCCAAAGAUUACAUAAACAAUAUCUGGCGACGCAUUUGCCACAAAAACUUCUUGCAAACCAAGUGAAUCUAUUAAAAUAAAUAUGUUAUUGUUGUUGUUUUGGAUAAUGUAAAGUGUGUGACUUCCUUUUCUGUAUAUUGUAUGUAAUUUUAUCAUUUUCAUAUAUAUAAACCACAUUU